GUUGACAAUUUUAUUGCUCAUUGUAAGUUAAUUGGCAUUCUGCUUAAAAAAAGAUAACAAACAAAAAAAUUUAAUAGUCUUAUACAGUUGCUUUCCCAUGAAGGGUUAGCUUGAAAAGUAAAAAGCAACGAAUAAAAAUAUCAUGAUCUAUUGUCUCUUUUGUGGUCGAACCUUUUCUUGCUGGCUGCUUUGAGCGACCGUGGAUGUGGUCACUGAGUAUGGUGAUAAGCCCUUUCUUUACCUUCUUUGUCUGUGUUCCCAGCACAGCUCAAGUGCUUCCUUUGUUUCCCGCUGAGCCUUUAGCAAAUCCCACCUUUCCUCCCUCACCGGCGGAGAGGAUUGUUCUAGGGAAUGCACCUCGUUCUACUGCCUCCAGCAGUAGGCAGCUGGAGACUGUUACUAGGGGUCUCCUUCACCUCCCCAGCGUAAAGUGCAUCCCAUGCUAGGCGCAGGCCGUUCUCUGAGAACCUCAUUAAAUCCGGCGUUCUUGUCACGCGCUCCGCUCAGGGCCACCAGGCCACCAGCCCCUGACCAGACUUGCACUGAGACCCCCGCCCCCAAGGCGGGCUCCCUCCAAACGGGACACCCUACUCCUUGCUGGCUCAAUUUUUGUUUCGCUCUUUUUCCCUGUCUAUAAUUCCUUUAUUGGGCAAAACUGGGACAAACGCAGGUGGACAUUUUAAAGUGAAAGCUUAAUGAAACAGCCCAUUCCACGCCGUCGAGAAAUGUACUUAAGCACAUUCAAGGGAAUAGCCCCCAUCCACCAAAAAAGAAAUGUUCGUUCCAUAUUCUCCUUAACAGAGGAUUGAAACAUCGAUUUUUUCCCCCCUUCAAAGGCACAGUUAGGCCAUAGGGCAAGGACGGCCUUGGGAGCGGCCUCCUUUCUCUCUGGGGGGAAAGGCUGGAGCGCUGCCUCCACUUUAAGUCCAAAAGGGCGAAGGGCGAGGGUCCCUCAGAAACUUUAGCGCAGGGGAGCGGGGAGGAAGGCGAUUGUUUGAAUCGAUGGCAGCACCCUCAUUAAUCUGCUUUCUGGCCAUCUUCAGCAGAACCAUUCACCAGGAAAUGACUAGAAGGUGGGCCGGCGCUCCUCAGAUUUCCCGGGGCCGGCAGCAAGCCGGGCGGGGACGCCGAAGGAAGACCGUGAGGAGUCCUCGCUGGCCAGCCAAGAUGGCCACCUUCACAUGGCCGACCGCCACCGGCUCCCUGCCACCCGGCAUCUAGAGGCGGGGCGGCCAGAAAGACCCUAGCCGAAGCACAAAACCUCCGCGAUUCCCGCCGCCUCCGCUGGGGGACGCGACCUCCGGGAAAGCUAUCCCGGCCAACGGUCGGAAGGGAGGUGCCAUGUCAUAGCACAGGGGAGCGGGUCCGGCAAGCCCCAGUCGCUUUUUCUCCCACAUCAAACAAGGAAAAGCAAAAACCCCCGUCUUCUCGCGUCUGCAUUUUUCCCCUAGCUCUAGCGACUCAAUAUAACUAAACGGUCUCUGGAAGACCGGGUUGCGUCGGCCCCUCCCCCGGCCGCGCAGUGUGGUUCAGCCCGGGCUCCGCGGGGCGCGCUGCCCUUCCUCCCCCGACCCCCGCGCAAGUGGUGCAUUGGCGCGCGGCCCCGAGAGGCGGGGCCCGAGCCGGGCGCGCGCGGGCGCUCCUCUAUAAAUACCGGGCCGCGCCGCCUGCCGCUUGGUUCGCUCCGCGCCGCCCGCUUUCUCCGAGUAGGACGCUGUCCGCAGCUUGCGCAUUUCGCAGCCGCUGCCGCCUCGCCGGUGCUCCUUCGCAACGCCACUUCCACUCACCGACACCAACAUGAACCGACAGCUCAACGGCUUCCAUGAGGCGUUCAUCGAGGAGGGCACGUUCCUCUUCACCUCAGAGUCGGUGGGGGAAGGCCACCCAGAUAAGAUCUGUGACCAGAUCAGUGAUGCUGUCCUUGAUGCCCACCUUCAACAGGAUCCUGAUGCCAAAGUAGCUUGUGAAACUGUUGCUAAAACUGGAAUGAUCCUUCUUGCUGGGGAAAUUACAUCCAGAGCUGCUGUUGACUACCAGAAAGUGGUUCGUGAAGCUGUUAAACAUAUUGGAUAUGAUGAUUCUUCCAAAGGGUUUGACUACAAGACUUGUAAUGUGCUGGUAGCCUUGGAGCAACAGUCACCAGAUAUUGCUCAAGGUGUUCAUCUUGACAGAAAUGAAGAAGAUAUUGGUGCUGGAGACCAGGGCUUAAUGUUUGGCUAUGCCACUGAUGAAACUGAGGAGUGUAUGCCUUUAACCAUUGUCUUGGCACACAAGCUAAAUGCCAAACUGGCAGAACUGCGCCGUAAUGGCACUUUGCCUUGGUUACGCCCUGAUUCUAAAACUCAAGUUACUGUGCAGUAUAUGCAGGAUCGAGGUGCUGUGCUUCCCAUCAGAGUCCACACAAUUGUUAUAUCUGUUCAGCAUGAUGAAGAGGUUUGUCUUGAUGAGAUGAGGGAUGCCCUAAAGGAGAAAGUCAUCAAAGCAGUUGUGCCUGCAAAAUACCUUGAUGAGGAUACAAUCUACCACCUACAGCCAAGUGGCAGAUUUGUUAUUGGUGGGCCUCAGGGUGAUGCUGGUUUGACUGGACGGAAAAUCAUUGUGGACACUUAUGGCGGUUGGGGUGCUCAUGGAGGAGGUGCCUUUUCAGGAAAAGAUUAUACCAAGGUCGACCGUUCAGCUGCUUAUGCUGCUCGUUGGGUGGCAAAAUCCCUUGUUAAAGGAGGUCUGUGCCGGAGGGUUCUUGUUCAGGUCUCUUACGCUAUUGGAGUUUCUCAUCCAUUAUCUAUCUCCAUUUUCCAUUAUGGUACCUCUCAGAAGAGUGAGAGAGAGCUAUUAGAGAUUGUGAAGAAGAAUUUCGAUCUCCGCCCUGGGGUCAUUGUCAGGGAUCUGGAUCUGAAGAAGCCAAUUUAUCAGAGGACUGCAGCCUAUGGCCACUUUGGUAGGGACAGCUUCCCAUGGGAAGUGCCCAAAAAGCUUAAAUAUUGAAAGUGUUAGCCUUUUUUCCCCAGACUUGUUGGCGUAGGCUACAGAGAAGCCUUCAAGCUCUGAGGGAAAGGGCCCUCCUUCCUAAAUUUUCCUGUCCUCUUUCAGCUCCUGAUCACUUGCAGUCACUCUAGUCAAUGACAUGAAUUUUAGCUUUUGUGGGGGACUGUAAGUUGGGCUUGCUAUUCUGUCCCUAGGUGUUUUGUUCACCAUUAUAAUGAAUUUAGUGAGCAUAGGUGAUCCAUGUAACUGCCUAGAAACAACACUGUAGUAAAUAAUGCUUUGAAAUUGAACCUUUGUGCCCUAUCACCCAAUGCUCCAAAGUCAUAAUUGCAUUGACUUUCCCACCAGAUGCUGAAAAUGUCCUUGUAAUGUGCACGUAAAGUACUUGUAGUUCCACUUACAGCCUGUCUGGCAAUGCCACAGCCCUGUCAGCAUGAAUUUGUAAUGUCUUGAGCUCUAUUAUGAAUGUGAAGCUUUCCCCUUACCCUCCCUGUAACUUGAUCCACUUCUAAUUAUGUAGCUCUUUUGUCAGGGAGUGUUCCCUAUCCAAUCAAUCUUGCAUGUAACGCAAGUUCCCAGUUGGAGCUCUAGCCUGACAUCAAAAAAAGGCAGUUACCAUUAAACCAUCUCCCUGGUGCUUAUGCUCUUAAUUGCCACCUCUAACAGCACCAAAUCAAAAUCUCUCCACUUUCAGCUGUCUUUUGGAGGACGUACGUAAUAAGGUUUUAAUUUAGUAAACCAAUCCUAUGCAUGGUUUCAGCACUAGCCAAACCUCACCAACUCCUAGUUCUAGAAAAACAGGCACUUGGCAGCCUUGUGAUGUCAUACAGAGAAGUCACAGGGCAGUACCUGAGGGUCUGUAGGUUGCACACUUUGGUACCAGAUAACUUUUUUUUUUCUUUAUAAGAAAGCCUGAGUACUCCACACUGCACAAGAACUCCUCCCAGGGUUUUAACUUUGUUUUAUUUUCAAAACCAGGUCCAAUGAGCUUUCUGAACAGCUGGUGUAGCUACAGAGAAACCAGCUUCCUUCAGAGAGCAGUGCUUUUUGGCGGGGAGGAGGAAAUCCCUUCAUACUUGAACGUUUUCUAAUUGCUUAUUUAUUGUAUUCUGGGGUAUGGCGUAAGUACAGAGAAGCCAUCACCUCAGAUGGCAGCUUUUAAAAGAUUUUUUUUUUUCUCUCAACACCAUGAUUCCUUUAACAUGUUUCCAGCAUUCCCAGGUAGGCCAAGGUGUCCUACAGAAAAACCUUGGGUUAGACCUACAGGGGGUCUGGCUGGUGUUAACAGAAGGGAGGGCAGAGCUGGUGCGGCUGGCCAUGGAGAAAGCUGACUUGGCUGGUGUGGUACAGAGAAGCCAGCUUGUUUACAUGCUUAUUCCAUGACUGCUUGCCCUAAGCAGAAAGUGCCUUUCAGGAUCUAUUUUUGGAGGUUUAUUACGUAUGUCUGGUUCUCAAUUCCAACAGUUUAAUGAAGAUCUAAAUAAAAUGCUAGGUUCUACCUUAA